AAAAACAAACAAAAUAACCAACCACCAACUAACUGACUGAUCCCUGCUUCCUCUUUUGUCUUUUUAAGUUCACUUCCGCUCAACCUAAAAAUUCAUUCACCUGUGUUCACUAAAUUACGAAGAAUUCAUACGCAUUCCGCUAACUAUUGGGCUGAAUAGCUGGUUGGGCACUGACUUUGUUGAGUGAGCAAUGAGUAUCAGAUUACAAAUUGUUAUUAUUAAUGAAUUGAGAAUCAUCUUUACGUAGCCUCUCGAAUAAACCCGAAGUGUGGUGAAAGUCCAAACAGUUGUGAAACAUUACGGAUACAAAAUUUCAUACUAGGAUUUUGAGGUGAAUGUGGAUUAAUAAUUACAUAUUGACAAUAAUACAAGACUGAAGCUGCCUUCCAACUCCAUACAAGCCUUUCAAAUCCAGACGUCAAAGAAAACAAUUUUCUAGAAUAACUCUCUCGUGAGCGAAAGCGAUACAUCGAAUGGCCAAUAAGGCUUGUACAUAGUUUUACCUCAGUAUUUUAUUUUGUCUCAUGAAUCUCAACAAGGGCAAGGACAUUUCACAAAUCACUGGUACGGAUUUAGUCGCCAUCAUCAUUUAAAAUUUAAAUGUCCAUGUAUGCAGUUCAUCAACAGGUCUCGUCGCAAGAGCUACUACUACUGACUUACUACGACUGCAUACAUACAUACUUGACCGUUUUUGGAGUUUUCAAGAGUUGAACUUGCAUAGUAGUAAAGUCCAUCCAGUACUCUUCCCUGUGAUCAAUUUAAAACUGCAACAAGUAUUAUUGUACCGAGUUUGCUACCUAAUGUUCGAAGAACAGACGCGUGUGUGACAAUAGAUUACAGAUAACAGAGUCUGACUAAGCAAAAACUCAGCUAUAAUAAAUUGCAACCAUUGACCACGCUGUACAUCUACAUAUACGUGCAUACCACCCCACCAGCACAACCUUUGUGAUAAUAAUCACGUGACAAAGAGACAAAAAUGGGAUCAUCAGCUACUCCCCCAUGGAUGUCAGAACUUGCAGCACGGAAUCAUAAAAUACUCCGGAAUAUUAUAUGGCAUUCGUCCGACUCUUAUUUCAAUGGGGACGAGGCAGAUGGGGAAGAUGUCCACCCUGCUGAAGGUAAUGAGUCAGUGCCUACUUCAAAAACGGGAGGAAAUCAUAAAAAACAGGUUGUUGAACCAAAAUCCACAUCCAUCCGAAUGAAUGUGACACAGCAUCACACAACAAGUGGGAGAACAACGAUGGCAGCCGUGGUUCAAGAACAAAUGCACAAAACGAAGGCUGCUAAUAAACGGAAAACCAGCACCGAAAAGUCGAGCCCAAUUCGGGAGGACGGUGGCGGAUUUAUGGACGAUGUGAAUAAUUCAAAGUCGAGACAAUACCUGAGAAACGGGGAGGAGGAGAGCAUUCUGGAGUAUGGGCCUGGAAUUGUACGAAAACUACGGUCGCGAUAUCAAAGCCUGGCUUUGCGUCAGUACAGCACCAGACCUAGUUUGCGGAGAUCAACCAGUCUCGAAAACAUUAUUGAUCUUGACACAUCUGCUGGGGAGGGGAUUAUUAGCAAUCAUCGUGAUUCUUCCAGCCCAACUCCAUUUAGCCAAAAUUACACAAAUAAAAAGACCUCGUCGUCGGAUAACAAAGGGCGAGAUGAUAAGGAUGGUGGUGAUGAUUAUCAGCACCAUACUGAAGGUGGAACAUCUACUGCCGAGAUGACCAAAUCCAAGUCAGCUACGGUUGUCCUCGAAAAUAGAAGCAAUAGUCAAAUGUAUGAAAAGAAACCCCCAGGACCAAGGGGACGGGCGGCCGUUUCAGAGCGAAGGGACCGCAUGAGACGAGCUCGUUCUGUGGAUACUCUGCAACGUACUAAACACGAGGAGGAAAUUUUGGAAAAAUUUAAGGCUGUGGUUUUACCGAAAGAGGAAAUUGUGAUUAUUGAAGUUUCUAGACCACGAGCCAAUCUAAAUGGAUUAGGAGGAUUGUCGAAUAACGCAUAUUAUCUGCCCACUGCCGCUGGAGAUAAAGCUUAUCCAACUCAGCUUUAUAUUAGUCCAGACCGAACUGCUGCUGGAUUAACGUCUGAAAGUGAGCAUCGACGAUCCAGAAGCUUUGUUUCCCCUGAACAUGAGUUACCUCAGAUACCCUCGAACAUUGUUCGGGAAACUGCCAGGAUUUUUGAAAAGAAUACAACUAACAAACGAGUUGGUCACGCCCUGAGAUUGACCCACUCAUCUAUCAAUUCCUCCAACCCAAGUUCUCCAACCCCUCCGCCCCAAAAAGUACCUACUUCUACUUCCAUUACUACCACCACCAUGGCACAGGGGGUGCAAAGUAUUUCUGAGAAUAAGAUACCCGUUUCUUCUGGGUACAACAUUACUAAUGCAAAGCCACCAUUAUUAAAACAAAUUGGGAUAAUCAAACCCACUCUCAGCCACUCGAUAAAUGGUGAUCAAGGUUCAUUAUAUAGGACCAGUGAAUCAAAAUCAAAUAAUAACAUCCUGUCCCCUAUUCUGAGUCCUACUCAACAACCUUACAAGCUAUUUCUUCAACAACAUUCAUCUAAACCUCCAUUAAGUCCAAAACCUCUUUUCACAUCCUCUCCAAAACCACCUCAGAGUCCACAGGUGGUUGAAUCCCCAACUUCUCCAAUUAUUACAAGUCAUCCGUCGCCGGCAAGUUAUUCUAUGAUGCGGCAACAAUCCUCAUCCAACUCUCACCCUGUCCCCACUAAGAAUGUUGAAAUUUCUUCAUUUUCACCAAUUAAUAGGGUGAGCAAUGAUGAAUCAGCAUCAUCGUCCAGGGAUUCUGUUGGUGAUAAAGUCCUGCUGGUAUCAAGCAAAGAAAAGGAAAAGGAACUGCCAUCUAGCUUUAGACAACCAUUGAAGCACAUUCCCAAUAGUUUUACAAUAGACGCCAAUGCAAAAGAAAUCGUACCCGCAUCUGUUCCACUUGCAAAAUCUAAAAAAUCUAGUCCUAAUAAUUUGUCAUCCAUGAAUGGUACGAAAUUCAGGUCCACUUCUCCAACGACUGUCACUCCACCUGAACCAAAAAAUGUAAAGGCUGCAUUACCUUCAAAGUUGAAUGAGCCUUCCCCAGUUUGCAAUUUGAACGUCAAGAGUCAUGAAAGACAGAAAUCACCGUCCCCUCAACCUCACCAUCACCACCAACAGCAAAAGGCAAAUAAUAAUAUCCCACCGGUUGCUCCGCCACCUGUACCACAAAGGAAAGUUGUUGAAGAAUCUAAUUCCAAUAAUGCAUCCCAACUUAGGGUCCAUCAAAAGCAAAAGUCAAAUCAAGGAGGAAACUCGCCAAUGGUAUUCAAUUUUACAACCAGAUCAUCUGUCCCUGACUAUAUUGAAGACGAUGGACUUCACAAAGGAAGGCUAACUUUGUCUGGAACAGUUACUGAUGAAUCGGCGGAUGACAUUGACUCAACAACUGACUUCCAAUUUGAUGCCAAGCUGAUUUUUGUUGUGGGUGGAAAUGUGAUAAUCAACGGAAAGAGUUCAAUUCAAAAGAGACCGAAAUCAACAAAGAUGAACAUCUCUUUCAAUGAGGAGGCAAUAACCACGUAUGAAUACCCAUCAGAGUUGUCCUUGUUGGUUGAUGAUGAUUCCAAUGAGAAAGACAUGCUGGGUCAUAAAGGCCCAAGCGUUAUCAACAAUUCUGGAAGUGGACUGAGUAGUUAUACUUCCAAACUUGCGAAUAAUGACUAUCAACUGGGAAAUUUUGACGCCCCUUCUCCGAAAAAGACAGAAAUUAAAAAAAGUGAAACAGAAUUAAUUGAGGAUUAUUUGAAACCGGAUUCUGAAGACACAACUUGGAGUAAUGAAAUAACAGCAGAUAUCCUGUUUUAAUUUAUUAUUUGUAUUAUAAUCUAAUUCGAGUCGAAAUUCGCAACUGCCUUAGUCCAGUGUCCCUCUGAUUAGUUAGUGAUUCAAAUCUUGCCUCUUCAAUAUCGACAAUACUUUCCAUUUUGAGCAUAAAAAUUAUUUCCAAGUUUUACUUAUUAAUUUAUAUACCAAAAGGUAUUACAUUAUAAUAUAUUCAUUCCACUCACUCAAGGCCAAGGCUCAAUAAGUUACGUGAUAAAUUCUUGAGUAAUGCAAAGUGUCUGUAAAAUCCUUGCACAGUAUAAGUAAAUACCAUUAAUUAUUAUGAACAGAACAA